GUUCAAAUCACCGUCCUGGACAAGAACGACAGUCCGCCGUCCUUCAAAGACAUCCCCCUGCACUACUCGGUGUCGGAAGACCUGGGUCCAGGGCAAUCUAUCGCCACGAUAAGAGCGGACGACCCCGAUACCAUAGGCGAACUGGAGUAUACCCUCAUCAGGGGCGACUACGGUCACUUCUCCUUGGAUAAAACCAGUGGCGUGCUGCGGCUGGUCGAUUCCUUGGACAGGGAGGCGAAGGACGUCUUCAAAUUGACGGUUAGGUGUAGUGAUGGGCAUCAGUACACCGACACCAUCGUCACAGUGGAGGUGACGGACACGAACGACAAUCUCCCCGUUUUCCUUGAAAGCGCUUAUUCGUUCGACGUGCCGGAAAACGCCGCUCGAGGAUCGAGAGUGGGGCAAAUCAAAGCCACCGAUCCAGAUCUUGGAAUCAACGCACAACUAACCUACAACGUCAUCAGCGACUGGGCAAAUGACGUCUUCUCCCUGAACCCCCAAACGGGAGUCUUCACGCUGACAUCCAAACUAGACUACGAGGAGGUCCAACACUACAUACUGGUAGUCCAAGCUCAGGAUGCGGGACAUCCCACCCUGUCCAGCACUCUGACAGUGUACUGUAACGUACUCGACUUGAACGACAACGCGCCGCUUUUCGACCCGAUGUCGUACAGCAACGAAAUUUUUGAAAACAUCUCCAUAGCCACCCCAGUUGUAACAGUCAGUGCUACAGACUUGGACUCUGGUGACAAUGGGAAAAUAGCGUACACCAUAACGUACGGCGAUGAAAAAGGCGACUUCCAGAUAGCUCCAAACGGAACCAUAAGCACCAAAAGACAGUUGGACAGGGAAACCCAAGGGAUCUACAACUUGGUAGUGACUGCUACAGAUCAGGCUGUGCCCCCUGAGAAACGACUGUCCUCGACGGUACAGGUCACCAUAAUUCUCAAAGACGUCAACGACAUGUCGCCGGAAUUUAUAACUCCGAACGAGACCUCGGUCGCCGAGAAUAUCCCCAUAAACACUGUCGUUAUGGCCAUUAAGGCGGUGGACAAGGACGAGGGCAGGAACGGCUACAUCGAGUACUCGCUCUCCAACGACCCGCUGACGAACGGCGUAUUUUCCCUGGGGCCGGUCGACGGGCUGCUGAGGGUGGCAGGCAGGAUAGACAGGGAGGCGAAGAACAACUACACGCUCCUGGUGACCGCCAAGGACAGGGGAGACCCGCCCAGGUCCACGCAGACGAGCAUCUUCGUCAAGGUGCUCGACGAGAACGACAACAGUCCCGUCUUCGACCCCAAGCAGUACAGCGCCUCCAUAGCGGAGAACGCCUCCAUCGGCGCCAGCGUCUUGCAGGUCUCGGCGACGGACAUCGACGACGGCCUCAACGGCCGCAUCCGUUACUCCAUCAGCUCGGGCGACACCAACAGGGACUUCAGCAUAGCGGAGGACACGGGGGUGGUCCGGGUGGCCAAGAACCUCAACUACGAGAGGAAGUCGCGCUACGUGCUGACCGUGAGGGCGGAGGACUGCGCCGGCGACAUCAACGGCGACGUGGUCAGGUCGGACACCGCGGAGAUAUCCAUCUCGGUGUCGGACAUCAACGACAAUCCCCCCACGUUCCUGGACUCGCCCUACCUGGCCUAUGUGAUGGAGAACAUCAUACCCCCGAACGGGGGGUACGUCAUCACCGUGGAGGCGUACGACGCGGACACGCCGCCCUUCAACAACCUGGUGAGGUACUUCAUUAAGGAGGGCGACACGGAUAUAUUCAGGAUAAACGCCUCGACUGGGGAUAUAUCCUUGCUGAGGGCGUUGGACAGGGAGAUGCAGGACGAGUACGUGCUGAACCUCGUGGCUAUGGAUACUGGUUCACCUCCAUUAACUGGAACCGGCACCGUGCGGGUGGUGGUCCAAGACGUGAACGAUCACAGCCCAGAGUUCAAGCGGCAAUCGUACCACGCCACGGUUCCAGAAAAUUCACCCAUCGGAGCCUGGAUCCUCACCCCAGUAGCCGUGGACAAAGACAUCGGCUUGAACGCCAAGAUCAGAUACAGCCUUCUGGGUGACAAAGUGGACAGAUUCAAAGUGGACCAAGACUCUGGGGUCAUCACCACGGCUACCGUGCUUGAUCGAGAAGAUAUCGACUCGUAUUUCCUCACCCUGAUGGCUCAGGAUUGUUCCGCUACGGAACCCAGGGCUACUGCUGUGAAUUUGACGAUAAUUAUCGCUGAUGAAAACGACAAUUCCCCAACGUUCUUCUCCUCGAAGUACGAAGUGUAUAUUUCCGAUAGAACCAAGAGUGAACAAUUCGUAUUCGGUGCUAGAGCUACGGACGACGAUAUAGGAGCAAACAGUAAAAUCGAAUACCGACUAACCGGGGAACAUGCGAAGAAUUUCACCAUCAACGAAAAAACUGGGGUUAUCAAAGCCUUGCACGACCUGCAAAGGUCCUCGACCAGCAUAUUCAACUUGGAAAUCGAGGCUACGGACGGAGGAAGGUUACCGAGAAAAGCCAGCACCGAACUGAAAGUUUUCCUGAAAUCAGAUCACUUAUUUCCCAGGUUCGCCACACCGACAAGGACCAGGUUUAUUUUGGCUGAGAACGUAGAGGAAGGGAAAGUCAUCGCUAGAUUCAAAGCAAAUUCCCCUAAGAAGGGACCUGUAGGAGAAGUCAGAUACGCCAUCGCUGGCGGCAACACUGGCGAAGCGCUGAAAAUAGACAGAAACAGUGGAGAAGUUCAAGUCGGCGGAAAAGGCUUAGAUUACGAAAUGUCUUCUCAAUACGAAGUGUGGAUCGAGGCACAAGAUUCCGACAACCCUCCUCUACGCAGCGUGUUACAGCUCAUUAUAAACGUAACCGAUGCCAACGACAAUCCUCCGAUAAUGAACAAUCCACUCUACAACGCAUCAGUCUUCGAAGAAGAAGCGCCUCCUCUCCUAGUCGUCAAAGUGUCAGCCACCGACGCAGACUCCGGAGAAAACGGUCAAGUAACUUACAAACUACUAGACGACUUCGAGGGCGCUUUUGAGAUCGAUUUCGAGACUGGCGAGAUAUACACUAACACCCGACUGGACCGCGAAGAUAUAGCCAGUUACGAGCUAACAGUAGAAGCCAUCGAUCAAGGGGUACCCCAGCUGUCUGGAACCGCAACGGUCAUUGUAACCGUCCUUGACAAAAACGAUAACCCUCCGAGAUUCACGAGGCUCUUCAGCGUCAACGUGACAGAAAACGCGGACUUAGGAUCUUUCGUGAUACGAGUGACUAGCUCCGAUCAAGACAUCGGAGAGAACGCCAACGCCACUUACAGUUUCACCGAAAACCCCGGCGAGAAGUUCAAGAUCGAUCCAAUCAGUGGAAACGUAACCGUAAUCGGACAUUUAGACCGCGAACAGCAAGACGAGUACAUCCUAAAAGUGGCCGCCGUGGACGGGGCUUGGAGGUCUGAAACGCCUUUAACGAUAACCAUCCAGGACCAAAACGAUAACGCGCCAGAAUUCGAACACUCCUACUACAGUUUCAACUUCCCCGAACUGCAAAGAGAUAUCGUGUUCGUCGGGCAAGUUACGGCGACCGACAGGGAUAAACAAGGACCCAACUCGGUCAUUAGCUAUUCACUUCAGCAACCUUCCGACCUGUUCACGGUAGACCCCGCUUCGGGCGAGAUAUUCAGCAAACGAAGUCUCAGGUACAAAUACACGCAAAUGGAAUCGUCACCUGAAAAUAUGUACUCGUUAACUAUACUCGCGACAGACAACGGAAAGCCGCCAAUGUCUUCCGAAUGUCUCGUAACGGUCAAUAUCGUGGAUGCAAAUAAUAACGCUCCUAGCUUCGAACAGAAGGAGUACCUGUCACCUGUCCCGGAAGACGCAGUGGAAGGACAGCGACUCUUAAAGGUCGUUGCCAAGGACGAGUUAGAUGUUGGAGUAAACGCAGAAGUAGAAUACUCGAUGGUUGGAGGAAACGGCUCGAAACAUUUCACUGUCGACAAAGUGAACGGGUGGGUGUCGGUGAAAGAAAAAGUGUACAGCGUCGGUACUUUAUACAACCUAAGAAUUCGAGCUACCGAUAAGGGUAUUCCGCCGCAACAGGACGAAGUAACGGUCACUCUUAUCGUUACCGGAGAGAAUAAAUACAACCCGGUAUUCACCGCAUUGAGCUACCAAGUAAUCGUCCCCGAAAACGAACCUCUCGGUUCCACCAUUCUCACCGUGAGCGCUUCCGAUAGAGAUCAAGGCCCGAACGGAAUGAUACGGUACCAGAUAUCGGCAGGGAACGAAAGGAAAGAAUUUACCGUCGAUCCUGUUUCCGGCGCAGUCACGAUACUUCAACCUCUGGACUACGAUACCAUUCAGGAGUAUCGUUUGAACAUAACCGCGGAAGAUCUGGGAUUCACGCCACGCAGAACCACCGCAAUGUUAACUAUCACUUUGACAGACAUCAACGAUAAUUCUCCAAAGUUCAACCAAUCCAGUUACGACGCCUAUCUUUCAGAGAACUUACCACCGCACAGUUUCGUGUAUCAAGUCAAAGCCACCGAUAUCGAUUCACCGAAGAACGCGAUCAUACAGUAUUCGAUAUCGGAAGGACCAGACAAGGACGUGUUUGGUAUCGACAAACAAACCGGCGACAUCACAUCUAAAAUAAGCUUCGAUUACGAGGAAAAAUUCUUAUACGUGUUAAAUAUAAUCGCUGCGAAUCCAGAUUCCAAUAUGUUCGGAACCACCGAAGUGCAAGUUCAUAUCACGGGAGUGAACGAAUUCUACCCUAGAUUUAUCCAACCGGUAUUUCACUUCGAUGUGUCCGAGUCCACAGAAGUUGGAACGAGAAUUGGAACGGUUCAGGCCACCGAUCAGGACUCGGGAGACGACGGGAAAGUGUAUUACCUCUUUGUGGGCUCUAGCAACGACAAAGGCUUUAGUAUAAACACAGAAACCGGCACCAUCAGCGUUUCUAGAAACUUGGACAGGGAGACCCAGAGCAGAAUCGUUUUAACGGUGAUGGCCAAAAAUGCGGGUGGAAUCCGAGGUAACGACACCGACGAAGCCCAAGUUAUCGUGACGGUACAAGACGGCAACGACCCGCCCGAAUUCUUACAAGACUUGUACGAAUCAGAAAUUUCUGAAGGAGCAAACGUAGGAACCAAAGUGUUGACAGUGAAAGCGGUAGAUAAAGACGUACGAUCCCAGAACAACCAAUUUAGUUACUCGAUUAUCGGCGGUAACUUCGAACAAGCCUUUAAGAUCGAUCCACAGACGGGAGAAAUUCAAACCGCUAGGAUUUUAGACAGAGAAACCAUACCCAUGUACUCGUUAGUGGUUGGCGCAAUCGAUACGGGCAUACCUCCACAAACGGGAACGACGAUCGUUAAAAUACAAGUUUCCGAUAUCAACGACAACGGCCCAGUCUUCGAUCCGCCACAAGUUAUCGGUCGAGUGAUGGAAAAUGAACCGCCAAAUACCAAAGUGAUGACCUUAUCGGCCAAGGAUCCGGACUUGCCUCCGAACGGAGCUCCGUUCACAUAUAAACUCAUCGGGGGAAAACAUAAAGAUUUCGUUAAGAUCGAUAAACACACCGGACUCGUCCUAACCACGAAGAUGAUAGACAGAGAACUAACUCCACAACUGAGCAUUAUUAUUGAGGUCGAGGAUAGCGGCACGCCUAGAAUGAGAUCGCAACACAACGUCAAGAUAGAAAUAUUGGACGAAAAUGACAGUCCUUCGAGUUCUAGGUCGGUCCACGUAAUAGUAUACGUGUUCAACGAAGCGUUCCCUAUCGGCAAGAUUGCCGACGUGCAUCCCAACGACCCCGAUUUAGUUGGAGAUUACACGUGCAGGAUCUUACAAAAGCCCAUGAUAAGCGGCGUAUUAUCGAUUCCUUCGGAUUGCAACUUGCACACGUCCCGAAUAACCCCCGGUCAGGGAUACUCCCUAUCCGUAUCCGGAAACGACGGUAAACAUUCGGAUGUUAUUUCGACAGUAACCGUAGAAUUUGUCUCCUUCAGCAACGCCACGGUGGAGAAUUCGGUAACUAUACGCAUUGCGAAUACCACCGCUGAAUUCUUCUUAGCCCAAUAUUACAGGGGCUUGCUAGACGUCCUGAAAAGCGUACUAAACCCUGGCGAAGUUCUAACUCUCUACAGCCUCUACGAGAACGAGGAAAGUUUAGAAAUAACCCUGGCCAUAAGAAACGGCGUCAGUUACCGGAGCAAAUUCUACACCGCCGAGAAAAUAGAGAAAAAACACGAGGACCUGAUCAACUUAUUUCAAAGCUCCGACAUGAGAAUCGGUUACACACCCUGCAACGACAACACUUGCGAGAACGGUGGAAUAUGCACAGAGGAAAUAACCGUGAAGCGAAACACGAAAAUAACCGACAGCCAAAACAUAAUCUUCACAUCGCCCUUGGUGGUACACGAAUACAACUGUCAGUGCGCCGACGGUUUCACCGGUACCACUUGCAAUAAGAGGCAAGAUCCUUGCUCGCCGAAUCCCUGCAACUUCGGCGGUCAAUGUAGACGACACGGCUUCAACUUCCAAUGUAUAUGCCCACCUAACAGAGACGGUCGCCAGUGCGAAUUGGAAAGGGGAGACGCUUGUUCGGAAAAUCCCUGCCAGAACGGCGGUUCUUGCCGCGAGAGCCCUGACGGUUCAUCGUUCUUCUGCUUAUGCAGGUCCGGCUACAGGGGUAACCAAUGCGAAGCUCUGGCGGAUUCGUGCCGGCCGAAUCCGUGUGUGCACGGCGGACACUGCGUCAGCCUAAAACCGGGAUACAAGUGCAGCUGCACCGAUGGAAGAUACGGCAGGCAUUGCGAGAGAUCCACCUACGGAUUUAACGACUUGUCGUACAUGGCGUUCCCUUCGCUCGACGCCGGUACGAACGACAUUUCGUUCAUCUUUGCCACUACUAAGCCUGACGCGCUGUUAAUCUACAACUUCGGAUUGCAGACUGGAGGAAGAAGCGAUUUCGUGGCUGUCGAACUGGUGCGCGGCAGAGCGGUCUUUUCGUUUGGCGGGGCAAGAACGGCUAUCACUUCCGUUAGCGUAGGAGGCAAGUCGAACAAUUUGGCCGAUGGGAAUUGGCAUAAGAUCACGGCGACAAGGAACGGGAGGGUGGUCUCGCUGAGCGUCGGCGCUUGUUCCGAACAAGGAGAUGUUUGCGAGGAAUGCAGGCCUGGGGAUAACACCUGUUACGCUGAUGAUAUAGGGCCUAGCGGCACGUUGAACUUCAACAACCAACCACUCCUGAUUGGCGGCUUAAACAGCGCCGAUCCGGUACUGGAGCGACCGGGACAAAUACACUCGGACGACCUCGUCGGCUGCGUCCACAGCGUUUCCGUAAACGGGCGGCAGCUCAACCUCAGCCAACCCUUGGAGUCGGAGGGAAUAGAAAAGAAAUGCAUCAGGAAGGGAUCUUGCGACAAACCUUCCAACGACCCGUGUUUGGGAUUCGGCCCCUGCAUAGACCGCUGGAGUACCAUCAGCUGCAACUGCGGAAAUAACCUGAUAGCGCCGAACUGUCACAGCGCCCUACAACCCGUAAGCGUCAGCGGCGGAGGAUACGUAGAAUUUACGAUUUCCAAGAAGCACAAGAGGAUGCAACUGCUGGAAAAUCUGUACAAGGGCUCGACGCUUUGGAAUCGCCAAAGGAAAGUUAGAUCUACGGCUAGUAUGCAUAACGCUCCCGUGUACGAUUCCCCGGAUAAAAGUUUAAGUGUGCUGUUCAGGACGGUAAAACAGAAUGGAAUUAUCCUGUACGCGACCAGCAAUAAACAUUACACCUCGCUGGAAUUAAUAAGUGGACAGAUAGUGUACAUAAGUAAACUCUCUACGGUUGUGAAUAUGACGGAAACCCAUCCGACGGUAACGGACGGUCAGUGGCACAAUCUCACGUUGCAUUCGCACAGCCGCGGACUAAAAGUGAUUUUGGACGGUCAUAAAAUCGGCGACGAGUUGGACUCGGCGGGGGUGCACGACUUCUUGGAUCCGUAUCUAACGCACCUCUCGAUCGGCGGGACGACACGAAGCACUUAUUACGCUCACGAUUCUUUACCGGAACCGUUCGAAGGGUGCUUCGCCAACUUCACCGUCAAUAACGAAAUCCAACCGUUUAACGGCUCCGGCACGGUAUUCCACGAGGUCCUACUCCGAGGGAAAGCCUCGAAAGACUGCAACGGACCGGUGGGCGUAGGAACCGCCGCCACUCCCGACCCCCUCAGUAUCGGGAUAACUCUUGUUAUUGUUUUCUUCGUUGUAUUACUUGUUGCCAUAUUAGUUUCCUUUGUAGUUUUUAGACUGCGAAAACAAUAUAAAGAGAAGGGAGGCGCCCCGAAUAGCUCCUCCGGCAUACACACAAAGCAAAACGGCGGCGGGACCAUGAUGGGAAGCAACGGCUUGAACGCGGUGAACGAUAACGUGCUGGGAAGAGGCAUGCACGCCGCGGACAACUCCAUGGCGUACCACGCCGACGGCGACGUUAUCCGAGGGAUCGGCGGACAUCCCUUAGUGGGGCCGGAACUCCUAUCGAAGAAAUACAAGGAAAGGGAGAUAAUCCAAGGCGAAAUGCCAAGGCCGCAAAGGCCGGACAUCAUCGAGAGGGAAGUAGUCAGUAAGAGCCCUCCGAUGAGAGAGGAACAUCACCCCCCUUUACCGCCGACUUCGAACCACAACCACGACCACGGCCCGAACGACUUAAAUUCCGAAAUCCCCGAACACUACGAUUUGGAGAAUGCCAGCUCGAUAGCACCGUCCGACAUCGACAUCGUGUACCAUUACAAGGGUUACCGCGAGGCCGGUGGAGUAAGGAAAUACAAAGCCACACCUCCGCCUGUAACGGGGUACCACCACAAACACUCCACGGCGCAAGCUCAAGCCCAACACCGACACUCGCCGCACCACCCCACCGGGUACCCGCCCAGAGCCCCGCCAGUCACCAGCCCCAGCGCCAGACCUCAUCAGAGCACCCCGUUAGCCCGACUGAGUCCCAGUAGUGAAAUGAGUGCCCAGCAACCGAGGAUAUUGACGUUACACGAUAUCAGUGGCAAACCUCUUCAAAGUGCGCUCCUAGCCACCACCUCCAGCUCGGGGGGCGUGGGCAAAGACGUUCUACACAGUAACAGUGAGCGCAGUUUGAACAGUCCCGUGAUGUCCCAGCUGAGCGGGCAGAGUUCUAGUAGUAGGAAAGCAGCAGCGCCUCCUCCCGUUACCUCAGCCUCUCCAGGAAUGGGGUUGACUGCUGAAGAAAUAGAAAGACUGAAUUCCCGCCCCCGAACCUCUAGUUUAGUAUCCACGCUCGACGCGGUAUCGAGCUCCAGCGAAGCACCCAGGGGGAGCGGGAAUAAUCACUUGAACCACAUGCGCCAUUCGCCCGUGCCGGAGACGCACCACAGCAGCACCACCACCGACGAGAGUGGUAACGACAGCUUCACUUGCUCCGAGAUAGAAUACGACAACGCGAGCAUAACGGGGGACAAGUAUAAGCCGAGCGAAUCGGAUUCCAGGAGGAACGACUCGAACUCCGGCAACAAGAGCAGCAUACCUCCUCCGUCGUACGAUGGGUUCGAUUCCUCGUACAGGGGAUCGAUGAGUACGCUAGUGGCUUCCGACGACGAAUUGGGGGGGCCCAUGUACAGACCGGGGACAGGUUCUCCCCCUACGACGGCCUUGGGCUGGGAUUAUUUGCUCAAUUGGGGGCCGAAUUUCGAAAGUUUAGCGGGUGUGUUCAAAGACAUCGCGGAGUUACCGGAUUCGGUAAACGGACGCGUCCCUUCGUCGUUAAGACUGACAAACGCCCCCAAACCAUCCGAGGAGUAUGUAUAGUGAAUGGUGUUUUAUCGUGUAAUUUAGAGACGUUUUAAAUGAAUUCUUGUAUUACCCUUGCAUCAAGGAUAUUUGUAAUUUUCUUGCCAUAUUUUUGUAAUUUUAUUUGUAAAUUAAUAGAUGUAAUUUCUCGUGUUUCAUCAUUUUUAAAGACUUGUAAAUACUUUUAUACUAAAGUCACUCGAGCUAGGAUAAAUAUUUAAUGAAUAAAAACUA